UGUUUGGCCGCCGUCUCCUGGAGGACAUGGACGACGAGGAAAGAGAACAGCUUGCCAGGGAGAUCAUCCGCACGCACAUCGCUCUCCUCGGCAAAGUCGAACGUCACACCGACAAGGUACGCGCCAAGGCGGACAACUACGUGAACGUCAUCGAACGCAUCACGCUCCUCGAACUGUCCAAGGUGCAUGCCGCACUCCUGGGCUUCAACGGCGAUUUUUCCAAGGUUCCCGCCAUGUCCGAGCACCCCCAACUCGGCGGACCCAUACAGCAGGGAAUGAAAGAUGCGAAAGCGAAGAUGACGAGCGCCCUCGACGGGAUGAAGGACAUCAAGAUGGGCUUCUUCGUCGAGAACAGGCAAAGCAUCACCUUCACCGUGAGCCUCGAUGCCGGCCAGAUGAUUGAGGGAGACCUCCUCCAGUCCGACGCCGUUCGCAAGAAGUUCAAGAACCCCAUCACGUUUGGCCAGGAGGUUUACGUCGGCUUUGGCUUCAGUACAAAAGUCGACCUUCUGCUGGAAUUCAAGAUGCCGUGGGCCGCGUUCAGCGCCCUGGGAGGAGACUUCGAGUUUGAGCUCGCCAUGGAGGGCGCGGGCAUUGAGCUCGGCAUCGAGAAGGGCAAGGUCAAGGUGGAGGCCAUCAAGCCGAAGGUCACCCUGACUCCCAAGGGCGACGCGUCCAUCGCGCUGCACGUGCACAGCGGCAUGCACGGUCGCGCGAGCGGUUACAUGUCGCUCUGCUUCUGGAGCAACAUCUGCGUCGGCCCCGAGGUUUCCUUCCAACAGGGCCUCUGGGCUGGAGUGGACGCGUUCGUGGCGCAGGGAUCCUCCGCCCUCGACGAAUGCCACGGCGGCGACAACUUCGAGAAGGAGCUCUCCACCAUGUUCAUCGAUUGGGAUUACCCCGAUGAGACGAAGGAGAAGUGCAAGACCGACGACGACGACGAGUCCCUCUUCGCCGCUGGCCUCGGCGCCUACUUCCAGCUCGACUCCCCCACCCUCGACGUGCUCAUCGUCACCACCACUCCCGACGACAACUCCAACUGCGGAGGGAGCGGCGAGUGCGCCAUCGAUCCCCUGGUGCUGUACACGAAUCGCGACGCGCCUCCGAUGGUCCAGCAACAGAUUGGCGAACCUAAGUGCGCCGUGUGUACAUUCCCGUUCACGUGCGAGAGCAAAAAGUCGUACGAGUCCACGAAAGAGUAAGGUGGCUGACAUCGCCUCCCUUGAGUUAUUGUACAUGUGAAGUAACCCUGUCUC